AAUUAGAAACUGCAUUACAAGAAGAAUGGGGUAAAAUUUCGAUGAAUCAAAUAAUCAGCUUGAUAGAAAGUAUGCCACGAAGAAUAGAAGCAGUUAUUACAAGCAAUGGCUGGCCUACUAAAUAUUGA